AUGACGCUGACGAGAGAUUUCAACCCCGACCAGUGGGGACCGACUACUACUCAGCCUUUCGGCCUUCCUCCUGGACUUUCUGCUUCUCCAGGGCUUUCUGCUCCCCCAGGUCUCAGUGGACCUCCUGGACUGUCUGGACCUCCCGGUUUGGCUGGACCCCGUCCUGAGACUUCAAUGUACAACUCUUUAGAGGUUGAAGGAUUCGACAAGUCUCCUCUGGAUGUCAACAGACCUGCCAUGGUGCGACCUGAGCCCUUCCAUGCUCAUGUGCCUGUGACCCCUGGUGUAGGAUUCAGUAGUGACCAUCUUUAUGACAAUGAGUUGGAUGACGACUUUAACGAGGACACAGGUGAUUACGAAAACCUGGCUAUCAACAGAGUCGUGGGACCUCCUCAGGAUGACGACAGCGACAUGCAUGCCGACGAUCUACGAUCUGUUACCACUGAUGGUGCACCCAGCGAAAUUGAUUUUACUGGCAGUCGACCUGCCACUCCUGAUCUCGACCUUCCUGAACCUCCUCGAAUCCUGUCUUCUGAGCACAUCUCUGUACUAUCCAAGAACGAGAAGCGAAAGUACAGAAACUCGCUUAAGGCCUAUGAGAGGGAGAAGAAGCUUGCAAUCAAGAACUACAAAAAGGAGCAGGAGGAUGCUGAGCGGGCCGAGAGAGCUGCUCUGACCACCAUUGAGGAGGAAGAAGCUCAGACUAAGAAGGCGCUAGCACUAAAGGCAUGCGAGGAGGUGGAGCAUGCGGCUGAGACCCUCAAGAAGGCGUUGGAAGCGGCCGAGGCAGAAAAGAAGGCUAAGGAGGCUGUAGCUGACGAGGAAGCCAGAGCUGAAAAGCAACGUCUCAGGGAGGAGAAACAGAAAAUCAAGGAAGAGAAGGCUCGUAUCAAGGCUGAGAAGGCUCUCAAGCACAAGGAGGAGAAAGAAAAACGGGAUGCUGAGCGCUUCAAACUUGCUGAAGAACGGAUGGAGAAGGAGCGAAUCGAGGCCGAGCGACUGGAGAAAGAAAAGGCUGAGAAAGAGCAGGUUGAGAAGGCCGAAAAGGAGCGCUACGAGAAGUCCUUGCUGGCCAUGAAGAAGGAGAAAGCCGAAAAGGUCAAGCGGGAGAAAGCUGAGAAGGAACGACUUGAGAAAGAGCGAAACGAGAAGAGGCGUCUCGAGAAGGCGGCCAAGGAACUGGCAGCCAAGAAGGAGCUUGAAGAGAAGGAGUCUGCUUCCAAGCCAAUCGUGGCACCCCAGCCCAAGCUCGCCUCCAACAUGUCAACGUCUACAUGGGACGAAGAUGACUCAUCUUCUCUCAACUACAACAAGCCCAGCAACAGCGGAGAUGACUACAAGUACAACAGUUUCAACAGCGGCAGCAGUCGGAGAGGUGCCAGUGGUCAAAUUGGAGGCCACCUGGCAGACUAUCUGGCUUCACCUAGUCCCAAGCCCAGCUCGCCUUCUGUUGCCAGUAGUACUCCUGAACUUGAGCCUGUGGUGAGUGCUACUAGCACUGCGAGCACCGCCAAGUCUCAUGUCGCUGCUGGAGCUUCUCAGUUUUCCGUUGGUGAUCUUCUCCGAUCUAUUGUUGAAGAGAUGGACCUGGCCGAGCAUCCUCUAUUUGAUGUUCGGAACCCUGAUCUCUUCCACGAUGCUACAAUUGAUGUCAUGGCUGAGUGUGGAGAACCUGUGGAUGUGUUUGAGAACGCCAUCGCAGACCAACUUCUGACUGAACCUGUGUGUCCCGACAUCAAUGAUUUCGUCUUGGAGGAUAUCGAGAAGUUCAUUACUGAUCCUUCCGACUCGCUGCUGCACCUGAGUAAGGAGAUUGAUGAGGAUGUGUUUAUUGAUGAUCUGGAUCUCGAGGAAAGUGACGACGACCCCAUGGGUUCCCUUCCCGAGUUUGCCCGAGAUCUGAUUGCCAAGCAUUCACAUUUGAUUGACCCAAAGUGGCAGGAGGUUGCAGUCCAUAUCGACGACUUGAACCAGGUGGACGACGACGAGCUGCCGUAUCGUCAGAAUCUAGCUGAGGAGGUGUUCCAGCUUCAGAACGAGGUGGAAAAGUGUGUUUCGCGAAACCAGCGUCUGCUAUUCCGGCAUACUGGAAAGCGUUUCGGUGAGGAUGAGUGA